AUGGUUCGUGUACUAUUUAUGGUGUUUUCGCUCUUUUAUGUGUUCUUGUCGCCGGCCUUUGGCCUUCUAAUACGGCCACACGAGGCCAACAAUCUCUUACUCCCGUCAUACGACUACGUUAUUGUCGGAGGAGGGGUUUCCGGACUUGUGGUUGCUAAUCGGCUCAGCGAAGACUCGAACGUGAUAGUUCUCGUGCUCGAAGCUGGGGAACUGGACGACUCCUCGAAUAUCGUCACGGUGCCGGGACUAAUUGGUCACGGAUUCCCUCCGACCUACAACUGGAAUUUCACCACUGCACACCAGAAGUUCCUCGACAAUAACACGCGAGACUACGGGCAAGGACAUGUGGUCGGCGGGGGGAGCAUUCUCAACGGCAUCGUCACUACCCGGGGUGCCCGGGCCGACUACGAUGCCUGGGAAGCGCUGGGAAAUCCUGGUUGGGGCUGGCAAGACAUGCUGCCCUACUUCAAAAAGAGUGAGAAGUUCUCGAUUGGCUUGUCCCCGCAACGCGCUAGGGGACUUCACAUCACACCCGACCAGUCCGUUCAUGGGACCAGCGGCCCCCUCGAGGUCACUUAUCCCAAUUUUCUCUACAACCAAUCCACCAACUUCCUUCGCGGCCUCUCCGAGCUAGGCGUGCCACUCCUCGCGGACCCAAACGCCGGCGUCGCCGUCGGAGCCAUGAUCGCCCCUUCGAGCAUGUCGGCUAGCAACCAGUCAAGGAUGGACAGCAGAAGGGCUUAUCUCGACCCCGUGCUACACCGGCCAAAUCUGCACCUGGCCGUUCAGCAGACCGUAACCCGCCUUCUCAUCGACCCGAGAUUUUUAGAUAGCGGGACUAACCGGAGACAGUAUUCCACCUUCGCUGCGUCUCCACGUCGGCAGGUGUUAUGCAGCAGAGAGGUCAUCCUCGCCGCUGGGGCCAUUAUCUCGCCAGCCCUGCUCCAGGUGUCCGGGAUCGGCCCGGCCGACCCCCUGAACGAACUGAAUGUUCCAGUUAAAGUUGAUCUUCCGGGGGUGGGACAGAACUUCCAAGACCACCCGAUGGUCGGCGUGUUUUACAACUACACCAAACCCGGCCUCUUCACAACUCGAAACCUCACCGGUGACACCCUCCUCCAAGCCAAAGAAGAUUACUUUGUUAACCGCACAGGCCCGUGGACAACCCCCCUAAUAUCCACCAUCGCCUUCGCCCACCUCAGCCACCUCACCACCAACACCACCAACACCACCUCCCUCCUCACCUCCCUCUUCCGCCCUCACCUCAAUAUCCCCCUCAACAACAACCCCAACAACGCCCCUCCCCUCACCCCUUUACUCACCACCCACCACCCCAACACCCGACUCAACACCCUCCUAACUUCCCACCUCCCUCCCACAACACGCCACCACAAAGCCCUCCUAGCAGGCUACGCCGCCCAACUCGCCCUCCUGACCCCGCUCCUGCAGCACGACCCCACGGUCGCGGCGCUCGAGCUCAUGGCCGACUCGCUCGGCACGCUGACCCUCGCCGUGCAGCACCCGCUCAGUCGCGGGACGCUGGAUCCGCGGUACUGUUCGCAUCCGGGAGAUUGUAAGUUGUUGGUGGCUGGGGUGGGGAUGGCUGGGAGGGUGGUGGGGACGCGGGCGAUGCGGGAGUUGAGGCCGAGGGCGGAGGUCGCUUUUGGGGCUGCUUCUUUUGGUGGCGGUGAUGGUGGCGGUAGUGAUAGUGAGGCGGCGGUGCUGGAAAUGGUCAAGCAGCGGGUGCAGACCGAGUUUCACGCAUCGGGGACCACGGCGAUGAUGCCCUUCGACUUGGGGGGUGUGGUUAGCGAGAGGUUGGUGGUGUAUGGCACCGAGAAUGUGAGGGUGGUCGAUGCCGGGAUCAUGCCGCUAGUUGUGGGCGCUCAUAUACAAGCUGCGGUGUACGCGGUUGCAGAGAAGGUAUGUUCAUGUUUCCGAUUCCUUUCUACGUAUUUCUCACAGUGCUAG